AUGAUAAAAGGCGCAAGACUGGUGUUUAAACAGACGGAAGAUUCCUUCAAAUCCGACCCUCCCAUCACACCUGAUUUUGAUGAAAUAAAAUUCGAAUCUUCUGGAAUUUAUUGCCAGAAUAGAGUUUUAAAGAUUCCACAUCCAGGUUAUAUGUCAAACGUGUACAAAUUUCUUGAAUCAAAAGGGACGUUCAAGAGGAGGUUCCUGACGGGUGUAUCAACAUGCAAGAACAUUACGUUCUUUAAAGCAGGUGAUUCCGACCUCGGUGUUUCAAAGGAAUCCAUCGAUGAUUUAAUGAGAAUGCUAAGAUUUGAAAAUGAGCCCUGCUAUCAGAGACCUUACAGACUAAUAGCAGACUCCAGGCUAUGUAUCAAGGGGAAUUGCGAUACUAUUUCAACAAUACUAAGACCUGGGUGGUGA